CUUUACACUCUAGAUCCCAAAGACGGAUCGCUGCUACCACACCCGCCCCAUUUUGGAUGAACUUGUGCAGAAAAAGGAAUAAAGAGAAGGUGGGAUUUCAGAGAUGGAAUUAACGGUUGCAGUGUUGGCGAGUAGCUCUGCAAAUGUGAAUGCUGCACCUCAUUGCCGGGGCUGAAGGGACAAGGCGCUAUCAUUAAGAGGGGGAAAGAGGUGGCAGUUUGGACUGUGUACUCUUGGAGAAUUCACUAUUCCGAAUUAACCUCUAGAAAAGAGUGAGAGUUUGGACUGUGUACACUUGGAGAAUUCACUAUUCCGAAUUAACCUCUAGAAAAGAGUGAGAGUUUGGACUGUUGGCGGUUUCAGUUCCUACCCCAGUUAGUUAAGGCAGUGGGAAAUGGUGAUCUGGGAAAUUGCUGUCUGGUUAGUGCUGUUCGCCCUACUGCUCGGACUAUACUUCACUGUCACUUCAGCAACUCGGGAGGCAGACGGGGAAGACAGCGUCCCGAAGCUGAUCUGCAAACCUUCAGCUCUGUCCAGCUACCUGACGCGGAACUGUAAGAGCUUCUGGCUGUGCCCCCGGGCGGGCUGGCCUCACUUCCAGACGCUGUAUAGCGGCUUGUGGCCGGGACCCGGGAGCCUGCACUUAGUUCGGGAGCACCUUCAGAUGUCGGACGGGGGUGUGAUCGGUCUGGACUGGGCUGUCAGCGGGGAGGAGGAGUUAGGAGAAGGGAACCGGAGAUACCGGGACACUCCACCGCCCAUCCUGCUGCUCAUCCCGAACAACCUGGGCGCGGUGAGCGGCCACUGCCGCCGACUGCUGCAGCUCGCCCUCCGCCGCGGGUACCGGCCUCUCCUCUUCAACCGGCGGCUCCACAACAGCGUCCCGCUCACCAGCCGCCGCCUGCUGCCCUUCGGAGACCCCUCGGACCUGCGGGAGGCCGUCAGCUACAUCCGCUACAAGCACCCGCUCGCCCCGCUGUUCGCCGCCAGCGAGAGCAGCGGCUCGGCGUUGCUGCUGUCCUACCUGGGCGAAUGCGGCUCGUCCAGCUACAUGACAGCGGCCGCCUGUAUCUCCCCUAUCCUCCGGUGUCAGCACUGGCUGGAGGAUGGGCCGCACGGCCUCUACCGCUGGUUCAUGCUGUGCUACCAGAAAACCAGCCUGAGCAGAGCGCAGAUUCUCUACAGAACAGUCGCCGGGUCUAUGCUUGGUCUCUUUGAUGUACUGGAGGCUGCAUCCAGAGCAGCGGACAUAGUAGACCAAGCUGACGGAUGUGCAGAUAAACCAAUGUCCGAUAACAGAAGAUAUGCCACCGUUCUUGGAGAAAUAAUAGAUACAGAGAAGUUAUUCAGGAGCUGCACUCUGAGGGAAUUGGAGGAAACAUUGUUUUGUCAGUCAAAGGUCAAUAAUUUGAGCUGGGCUUCCUAUUGGGAGAAGAACGAUCCACUAAGGGACGUGGAUGAGGUUGCAGUUCCUCUUCUCUGCAUCUGCAGCAAAGAUGACCCAUGCAGAGGUAAUCCAGAGGUUACAUUGCCUUUUGAAUUAUUUGAAACCAACCCAUAUUUCUUCCUUCUGUUAACGAAUCAUGGAGGACAUUGUGGCUUUUUAACUAGCAGCUGUUCCUCAUGGAGCCAUGAAGCUGUACUGGAAUACUUCAAAUCAGUCAGUGAUUUUUUUAGGGCUGAAGAACGAACAAAAAGUAUUUACAGAAGAAAAAGGUCAAUAACAUCCCACAAAAGGAGGGGACCUGCUACUCACAAAGAAUCUGUUUGCUUUCAGAAUAUUCAUGAAAUUUUUAACUGGCAACGAUCAUACACAAGAUGAAAAACAAACAUUUUGUCUUUGGUAUCAAUCUUUAAAUAUAAAACAGAUGAUCAAGAGUAGAAUUAUUAGAUCCAAUUUCUAUAUGUGUAAAUCUCGACAGAUCGUGCUUAGGUAUUAGUAUGCUUAUUAAUUUAAUACAUUUCUAAUGUAUUCUGUAAGCGUUUCACAACUUAGUUACAUUUUAUCAUACAUAGUUGAGAAGGUGGAGUAUUUUUCAAAAGUAUAAGUAAAUAAUUAUAAAGUUUGCAAUUGUUUUGAGAGAGGCAGUUAUUUGUAUUAAUGUAUUGUACAAAAACAAACUUAUUUGUAUUUGCUGUACUAAAAAGGAGCUAUUUUCUAUUCUAUACCACUGCAGUUUACCCUGACCACAAUGCCAAUAUCAACUUGUGCCAUUUGACCAUGAGGUAGGAACAGAAGCUGACCAUUCAGCCAACCUGUUCCAUCAUUCAGUGAGAUCGUGGCUAAUCCUCAUUUCCAAUUUCCUGCCCUUUCCUGAAAACCUUUUAUUCCAUCUAUUGUUUAAAAAUCUCUCAGCUCUCAAUAUACUUAACAACCCAGCUUCUACAGUCAUCUGCCAUAAGAAUGCCACAAAUUCACUACCCUCAGAAGAAAUUCUUCGUCAUCUGUCUUAAAUGGGCAGCAUUUUGUUCUGAUUAUACCCUCUGCUCCUAAACUCUGGUAGGAGGAGAAAUUUGAAAUCAAAAACUUUUGGAGAUGUGCACAAACAUCUUAUCAAAGACAGGUUAAUGGCUGGAUUUUGAUUUUCGUAGAUGGUGCAAUAUGGGAAAUAUAGAAUUAGCUUCCUAUUAAUCAGAAUUAUUGCUGUUAUCAAGAUAAUGGAAGAAAAGAUUGGGUGAAUAGUGGAUUCUCAAUUACAUGUACCUCAUUUUACCAUCAUUCCGUGGCAAAUGACCCCAAAAGUUCAAAACAUCAGAACUAGGAAAGGGACACAUGAACAGUUAACUCAUCUUUCUGCUUCUGGGUGCUGAUAGAUCUGCCUCGAUUGCCCAGAUUAUUUUUCUGUAUUUAUAAUUUUCCCUUGUGUGCUUAUUUGUUAACAGAUUUUACAGACAUCCAAAGCAUUGUUGCAGACCUGUGUCCUUCAGGGUUUUGCAAUUCAAACAGAAAAUCAUUCUGAAACUGUAUCAAAUUGGAGAGUUUUUUUCUUUCAAGGAAUGAUCAUGGAUAUUAACUAAAUACAACAAUGAUACACUUGAGGUUAAUUUACCUCUAAAACAAACGAACAUGUUUCCAUUAUGAAUUAGGUUUUAGGAUUAUCCAUUGCUAUCCUAAUACCUGGACUGGUAAAGCCUUGCUUCACAUUCCGAAGACCAGUUAAUAUGCAGUGGUAGAAAGAUACAAGACAGAUGUGUAUUGUCCUUGUUCAAAGCAGAGACAAUUCCAAUACACUCUUGAACGACAGCCAUUGGUCAUAAGUAUCUUACUCUCAGGUUUCUGUAUUCAUUACUCUUAAAUAAUUGGUUACAAAAAACAUUCAUGGGCCUAAGCAUCAUUAGCUAGGCCAGCAUUUAUUGUGCAUCUCUGAUUUGCCCUGGAGAAAAUAGUUGUGAGCUGCCUCCAAGAACUGCUUCAGUCCUUGGGGUCUAGGGACACCCAGAAUACUUUCAGGAGGGAAUUUCAGGAUUUUAUCCCUACGACAACAAAGGAAUGGCGGUACAGUUCCAAUUCAGAAUGAUGUGUGGCUUGGGGGGGAACUUGGUAGUGUUCCCAUUCAUCUACUGCUCUUCUAGGUUGUACAGGUCAUAAGGCUGCUUCCAUAGCACCUUUGGUGAAUGAUGCAGUGCGUCUUGUAGAUAGUACACACACCUACUACAACUGUAUAUCGCUAGUGAAGGAGUAGCAUAGAAAUAUAUACCAACAUAGAAUAUAGCAGAAGAGGACCAUUUGUCCCUUUGACCCUGUCCUGCCAUUCAACAUGGUCAUGGCUAAUUUUAAAACUUGGUACAUUGGAUCAAAGAUACAGCCAGAAAACAAACAUUUAGUCUUCAGAAGCACACCUACAAAUUUCUACGAAGUCUUCAAUAUUUUGGCCUUGUUUGCUGUGGCAGAGAAUUCCACAGGCUGAAGGUGACAUUUCUCCUCAGUUAUCUUAAAAGGCCCACCCCUUACCCUUAAAUAGUGACCCUUGGUCUUAGAAUCAAUGUAAUUGAGAACAUCGUGCAGUUGUUAUUCUUCUUUGGGUUGAAGUGUGAUGCAAGGUGCGAGACUUAUAUUUUAAGAGUUUGGAUUUUGAGCUAUGGCAUGUGGGUUUUAGUCUGUAUAUGAGGGAGUUCAACGAUAAUCUUGGCAGUGCUUUUGGUAAACAAUCCAGUGAGAGGGAUUUCCUGGAAAGUAAUAGGGUUUUAUUUGCAUCAGGUGGAAGUUACUUCUAGAAACUAAACAGCAAAGUGCUGGAAAACAUGAGUUAUUUAUUACAACAGAUGGAAAAAAAGGUGAUUCGGUGAUUGAGAAAAAAUGUUGGUAUGUAAGAGCACUUCUGGAUAUAUUAAAAAAAGGUGCUCCCCUUCCAAUACCAUUUUGAUUUAGACCCUCCUGCUUGAUGGUCUGCAUUAUUCUUACAAGCUCUGCACAUAAAUCAAUUAAUUGGAAAAUACAGGUGAUUUACUGGCAGUGGUUAAUAGAAGGGGAAAAAUACCACAAGCGAUUUGGUGAUGGAGAAAUAAAAACUCUCAGUCUCCAUCUCAGGCAACCAGCUUGUAACUGAUGUCCAUUUCAAGCCCACCGACUCCCACAGCUACCUAGAAUACACCUCCUCCCACCCACCCUCCUGCAAAAAUUCCAUCCCCUAUUCCCAAUUCCUCCGCCUCCGCCGCAUCUGCUCCCACGAUAAGACAUUCCACUCCCGCACAUCCCAGAUGUCCAAGUUCUUUAAGGACCGCAACUUUCCCCCCACGGUGAUCGAGAACGCCCUUGACCGCGUCUCCCGCAUUUCCCGCGACACAUCCCUCUCACCCCGCCCCCGCCACAACCGCCCCAAGAGGAUCCCCCUUGUUCUCACACACCACCCUACCAACCUCCGGAUACAACGCAUUAUCCUCCGACACUUCCGCCAUUUACAAUCCGACCCCACCACCCAAGACAUUUUUCCAUCCCCUCCCCUGUCAGCUUUCCGGAGAGACCACUCUCUCCGUGACUCCCUUGUUCACUCCACACUGCCCUCCAACCCCACCACACCCGGCAUCUUCCCCUGCAACCGCAGGAAAUGCUACACCUGUCCCCACACCUCCUCCCUCACCCCCAUCCCAGGCCCCAAGAUGACAUUCCACAUUAAGCAGAGGUUCACCUGCACAUCUGCCAAUGUGGUAUACUGCAUCCAC